AUGCUCUACUAUAGCGGACACACUCGACGUAUAGGUGACGUGGAUGAAGGGUCGACAGUGACCGAUUUUCUUCCCGCAGAACGAGCUCGCGGCAUUACUAUCCAGUCCGCAGCGAUCACAUUUGAUUGGCCACCUACCGAAGAAUGUGCCUCGCACAAAGGUGACAACACGCACAAUGCACAGCCACGAGCACGGUUCUCUCACAAUAUAAAUCUCAUCGAUACUCCGGGCCACGCAGACUUUACGUUCGAAGUGCGACGGUCACUUCGAAUUCUCGAUGGCGCUGUGUGCAUCCUUGACGGUGUGGCGGGCGUAGAGGCCCAAACCGAGCAAGUGUGGCAUCAAGCUGGAGAGUGGAAAAUUCCUCGAAUUGCCUAUGUCAACAAACUCGACCGCGAAGGUGCCGCUUUUGGCAGAACUGUCCGGGAGAUAGGGUCGCGACUGGGUGGCUGGCCUGCUGUCUGUCAAAUCCCAUGGUUUGAAGGAGGGAAUGGUCGCUUUACUGGGGUCGGUGAUGUCAUUGACUUGGAGGGACUGAUUUAUCCUCAUGGCGGUGAUGGGAAGGGUAUGCAACGAAUUCCGUUAUCAAUGCUUGACCGAGAUCAUCCGGAAGUCGCGACAGAAUUGAAGCGGGCACGUGCUGCUUUGGUCGAACUCCUCAGUGAGCAUGACGACCAGCUUGUUGAAGCAUUUUUCGCGAUGGAGGAGGAUCAUUUGGCGAUUACCCCUCCACAGAUUCUUGAGAGCUUACGGCGGUGUUUACUCCAGGAAGAAAGCAUGAUCAUCCCAGUAUUUGCUGGCGCCAGCUUUCGGAACAUCGGUGUUCAGCCUCUCUUAAACGCAGUAAACAACUUGUUACCGAGCCCAGUCGAGAGACCAGAUCCGGAGAUCAGCCUUGGGCGUACAAAAGGAGGACUUGCUGAACUGGUUAAAGGCGAGCUGACCGUUAAGAAUGACCCUGGAACCACAAAGUUGAACAAACAGGGGCAACAACUGACCGCUGCUGCGCUCGGGAAUACUUUACAAGGCUGCGCUCUCGCCUUCAAGGUCGUGAAUGAUGCCCGGAGGGGUGUUCUGGUCUAUGUCCGGGUAUACUCAGGGUCGAUUGAGCGCAAUGCACUGCUCUACAACACCAAUUUGCAGAACUCGGAGCGAGCGGGCACCCUACUACGUAUGUAUGCUUCAGAGUCUGUUCCCGUUCAAACCCUGAAGGCGGGGGAGAUUGGAGUGAUUGCAGGCUCUAAAUACGCUCGCACGGGAGACACACUUAUCGCCUACAGCGGGAAUAAGGCAGUACCACCAGAACCACUAAACCUGCUUCAGCUGCGGCCCAUCAACGUUCCGCCGCCAGUCUUCUUUGCCGCCAUUGAGCCAAACAGUCUCCGAGAGGAGAAGGACAUGCACGAAAAGCUGGGACUGCUUUUGCGAGAAGAUCCUAGCUUGCAAGUGACACAGGACGAAGAUACGGGCCAAACUCUGAUCAGCGGGAUGGGAGAGCUUCACCUGGAGAUCGCUCAGGACAGAUUAGUUAAUGACCUGAAGGCGAAGGCACGCAUGGGAAAGAUCGCUAUUGGAUACCGAGAAAUGGUACCAGGAGCGUCUAAAUCCAUCACCAAAAUUUUGGACGGAGACCGUGCAGCAACGAAAGGUAAAGGAGGCUGCGAGGCGCUUGUUGAGCAAUUGGAUCAGGCCAAGGACACGGCGCACAGCGAGACUGAUAACUGCCGAGCGUAUGAACAAGAUGGCAAUCUGGUCGUUAUUCAGGCGCCAUCUCUGGACAAAAAGGGAAGGCCUGUCAACUUUGACAAUGUGGCCUUGCCUCUACACCUAACUCUGCCUGAGAUUCAGGCAGCGUACAUCAACGGGGCGCUCGCCGCGCUGAGCCGAGGGCCAUCAUACUCAUACCCUUUACGAAAUACCAAAGUUACGCUCACAUUAAGACCCGAAGAACACAUCUUCGGCACCGAAACAACCUAUGCUUCUCUCACCUCAGCGGCACGACUUGCCACGAUUGCAGCUUUCAAAGACGCUACCAGGAAUACGCCGACUCUUUUGAUGGAACCCGUGAUGAAUGUUGAUAUCAGCGUGAACGAGGACAGUCUUGGCUCCAUCAUCCAAGAUAUCUCCUCCAGCCGAGGGGGCCAAAUUGUCUCAUUAGGCGACCAUGAGGAAGCAGGUGCGGACUCGAAUGGCGGACGCAAGCACAUUGACGUCGGCAGAAUUUACGCUCCAAAGGACCCUUUUGAGUCUGCCUCUAGCAACAUCGGAGAGCAUGCCCAAGUCAAUCCCCAGCGAACGGUCAAGGCAAAGGUGCCCCUACGAGAAAUGGUAGGGUACCUGAAACAUCUACGGAGUAUGACAGGGGGCAGAGGCACGUUUGUGAUGAGUGUUGAUCGAUUUGAAAAAAUGACCGGGCAGCGAGAGAAAGCUCUCGUCGCAGAAUUGCGCAGUGGGACAAUGUAA